CAAAAACUGAGACUUCCUUUAAAGUUCAAUUUCCUAGCCUCAAAAAUAUUUUAUUUUUAAUAACAUUACGUUAGAUCCGAUAUAUAAUGAAGACUAUUAUUACUAUAUAAUUGAAAAUAUUAUUUCAAAAAAAUGGCUUCUUAUAGAAUAGUAGCGGUGUCCAGCUUAAUUUUACGGAACAACCGUUUUUGCGUCGCUCCUGCUGGGACCUGUCUCCAAUUUCAGCAUUUCAAUGACAUUACAUACAACAGAUUUCCCAUUAUUCAACGCACCAAGCAUACACAAACACUAAAAAAUGAAAAAGAGAAAUUUAGAACAUAUAUAGUUCAAAGAUACAUUGACUAUGUAAAAAAUUAUACACGAGUAUUAGAAAAAAGAUUUCCAUCUGCAAUGCGAAUGUAUAGAAUCUUCAGUAUAGGAAUUAAGGAUUUCUUAAAAGACUUGAAAACUUAUAUUAAAUUGAGAAUAAAAAUAACAAAAAAUGGUGGUUUCUCCAAUUUGUCAAGACAAGACAUCGAACUUUACCAAAAAAUGCCAUCAGAUAUGCUGAGAAUUGCACCUGUUUUAAUUUUAUCUGCAAUACCAUUUGGAAACUACUUAAUAUUUCCAUUAGCGUUUUUAAAACCAAAGAAGUUGUUAUGUUCACAUUUCUGGUCUAUACAACAAAAAGCGGAAUUCUCAAUUGAAGAUCUAACAGAUCGCCUUAGAAAUAAUAAACCUGUAUUCAGAGCCCUUCAAGCUAAAUCAGAUUACAUACCUCCUGGAGAAACAAAAGAGCAAUGGAAGAGGGUUCUAGCAAUGCUGGGAUCUGGUGUUCAUCCCAGUUCGCAAACUGUACUUGCAUGUAAAGACUUAUUUAGGAAAGAACCAUAUAGUCUAGCAAAUCUGUCUUAUUCACAUAUGGGUCAUUUACUCAGAAUGUACGGCUUAAGGAGCAGUUUAUUCCGAAGAAAGAAAUUAAAAUAUAGAGCUCGUCUAAUAUUUGAAAUGGAUAAAGCAAUAGUUAGGGAAGGUGGCGUAGAAAAUUUAGGUACAGAUUCUUUACGAAAUGCAUGUCAUAUACGAGGCUUAAACAGCAGUCAUUUAACCAACCAAGGCAUGAGAGAUUGGCUUCAACAGUGGAUAGAUGUAUCACAGAAUGUAGAUUCAAGUACAUAUUCAUUACUACUUCACUGUCCAAUAUUUUUUGCAUACAAUCACCCGCAAAAUUGGGUCCUUAUUUAUUAGCUGUUUGCAACCUUAAAAAGGUUCAACUCCACAUCCAGUCAGAAACGGAGUAGUUCCAAAAACGCAACAACUUGAGCAAAUCUGCUUAUUAAUAUUUUUCUGUGCCCUUAGUGCAACAUUUCAUGAUACAAUAAUCUGUCAAAUUUGUACUAAGUUGUCUUAAAAAACAGUAUUUUGAACUUUAUACUUCCUAAAACUACAAUUUUUUUUAAAUUGUUUAUUUUGAUCUCAAUUUGAACAAUCAGCAAAAGAAUGUGUAAUUGUCCGAUGUACCUUUGGCCAAAUUAAAUGAACUUAAAUACUGGUAUUUGGCUCAGCCCUACGAGAAAAACUAUUUCGUAAUCUCAUAGAUUACCUUAUUGGUGCUUACUCGAUAUUUAAAUAAAUAUAUAUUUAAGUCGAAUUUUCACCGAAACUCCAAAAAGUUCGGGCUUUAGAAAACGCCCCAAAAAAAUAAGAAUCUGCUUACACUUAUAAACUUAUUUGCUUACAUAUGUAACAUUGUCGAUUUGCAAGGUUCAGUCCGCAAAAACCUACGCAAACAAAAAAGUUUUAACUAAUUUUUUGUAGGAAGUUGUUAUAUCGUUCGCUUGUAUCAGGUUUUGACCUAUGUAACUAAAGCAAUAUUAUCAACCAAAUGGUAUGGAAAUUAUUGAAACAAUUUUGUGUUGUGAAUUUUGUAGCUAAGCGUUGUCAUACAAUGGCACUGACUUGACGGAGUGAAAUCUUUAAAAUAAAUAGGCUAGUUGGAAAUGGUGAGCCAAGCUGAUGGAAUAUUACAAUAUUCAUAACAAAAACUUUGUGUUUCACAAGUUGUGUUUCUUGGGAAAAAUGACUGUACAAAGUUGACAAAAAUACGCAGUGACAACCAUAACGUUACCUUAGUUUACAUAUAAGGUCAGCUGGGGGUAUGGAGUGCUGGUAACAGCAUAAAGGUCAUGUUCUAGAUAAACAAUAAUGCACAAACACAUUUAAAUGCUACUUUUUCGUAAAAAAAAUUGUUAUCAUAUUUUAUUUUAUAUAUUUAAAAUUAUAUAAUUAAAAUCAUCAUCAUCAUCAUCAUUAUCAUUUUUUAGUUUUAGUCCCUGGGAACGUCCUGGAACAUUUUCCAAUAAGUGACUUUGGUUCUCCUGCGGAUCUCUUCGUUUCUAAUUCUAUCGUUUUGGGUAACUCCUAACAUAGCCCUCUCUAUAACGUAAUAGAAAAAGAUAAAAAAAAUAUUAAUGAUAAUUUUGAUGGGUGUCCCAUAACUUCACCAAUAAGCCCUUUCCAACUAGCAUCAUCAGUUAGGUAGGUACUAGUUUAUUUAUAAAUACUUAGUUGUUAAUACUAAUACAUUGUUAUUAUGGUUUUUGAAUAUUAACAUUUUGUAUAACAACACUUAUUAUAUUGCAAAUAAAUCUAUUUCUGACAUUA